AUGGCCAACCACCCUGUUUUCUUCCACGCGCUGCACCCCACCGCCACAGCAGACAGAGACGGGUUUCAGGUGCGUGGAUGGGUGGUGAUGGCGGGGCGGAGGUGGAACCCUCAAGUGGGUCAGAGCAACUGGAUCCGAUGGAAGCGAGGCCUUUCAGCCUCAAGGGGAGGGAUGGGAGAGAGAGGGGGAAGAGGGGCAGGAGGGGCAGGAGGAGCAGUGCUGGGUGUGGAAGACGAGCUCUCACAUGCAUUUGAUGACUUGAGCGUUCACAACAGCGGCCGAGGCCCACGCACUGAUGAACCCGUGGUGGUGCUGACAGCUGGAGAAACCAAGGCAGCGUGGGGAACGAAGGGGGAGCUGCUGGGAUUGGCGGACCCGUGGGCAACGAGCGGGCGGGAGAGGAGGAAGCUGGUGGAGGUGUGGGUGGGGGAGGUGCGCGCCACCGCUGCUGCUGCCAUUGAGGCUGAGGUGGACAAGUAUGCCAGGAAGGUGAGGGAGCGCAGUGAGCUACAGCAGGUGGAGGAUCUGCAGGUGCUGAGGAGGGCGCAGGUUGUGGGCAUGACCACGUCCGGGGUGGCCAAGAUGCAGCGCCUCAUCUCAAUGUUCAGCCCGCGCAUGAUCAUUGUGGAGGAGGCCGCUGAGGUGCUGGAGGCGCACAUCCUCACGUCGCUCACUUCGCAGACCCAGCACGUCAUUCCCAUAGGUAUGAGGGUUGUUGGGGUUGGAGUUGUAUGCCAGGAGGCCACUGAGGUGUGGAAAGCCCACACCCUCGCCUCCCUCAUCCCGCACACCGAGCAAGGUAUUCUCAUAGGCGACCACGUGGAGGUGCACGACCUCAGCAAGGAUUCAAACAGGGGCUUCGACCUGGAGGUCUCUCUCUUUGAGCGCCUCGCGCUCUCCAAGCGCAUCCCCGUGUACACGCUCGCCACCCAGCGCCACAUGCGUCCGGAAAUCGCGGAUCUGAUUUGCCACAGCGUCUACCCCGACCUGAGGGACCACCCAUUCGUGCAAGGGUACCCGGACAUGCGGGGAAUGGCGGUGAAUCUGCACUUCUGGGACCACGACAGCCCUGAGAGCGGCCGGGACAACCUGGGGGGAGGCAAGUCAAAGUCGAACGUGGGCGAGGCAGCCAUGGUGGUGGGGCUGGCCACGUACCUGCUGCAGCAGGGGUACACGGGAGGGGAGAUCACCAUCCUCACGCCCUAUGUGGGUCAGCUGCUCAAGCUGCGCCAGGCGCUUUCUCAGGUGGUAGAUGUGCGCCUGGGGGAGGGCGAUGCUGAGGAGGUGGAGAAGGCAGCGGAGCAGGCGGGUACCCGGGGAGGUGGAGCUGGCGGGGGAGUGGCUGCGGGGGAGACUGGGGGUCCUGGGGUGGCUGCGCCGAAUCUGAAGGAUGCAGUGCGGCUGGCUACUGUUGACGAGUAUGGCGAGGAGAGCACGGUGAUCAUCAUCUCGCUCGUGUGCCACAAGCCAGACGGUGACAUCGGGUUCCUCAAGAGCCCCAACCGCACCAACGUGUUGUUCUCCCGCGCCAAGCACGGCAUGUACAUCAUCGGCGGCGCCAGCAGCAUGCGGGCAGCCACCUCCAGGUCCUCCCUGUGGCCGCGCAUCAUGGGCAUGCUGGACAGCAAGGGGCGCGUUGAGAGGUUCAUCCUGCUGCGCUGUGCGAGCCACCCUGACACGGUGACACACAUCCACAGCGCGGGCGAGUUCAAGGAGAAGGCCAGCGAGGGCGGGUGCUCUCAGAUGUGUAACUUUCGACUCAGUCCCUGCGGCCACACCUGCCCCCGCGGGUCAGAAUCAAGCCAUGAGCUCUAA